AUGAGCAGCCUCAAUCUUGUUACCCUCGUGUUCUUCUUUCCAGAAACUAAAUUCCGCUCUGACAAGAGAUUUAAAAGCCCGGAAAAUGAGCCAAGGGAUCUCAAUCCGAAGCAAGGGCUCGAGCAUUUGGAAGUCUUUGAGAAUCGUCCCACAGUUGCUGGCCUGGGACGACCUUCCAAGUCUCAAUUUAUGUUAUGGCAGCAACCGGCAAGUGACUGGAAGACAUUUUUGCUACGUGAUAUUGUGUCUCCCUUCAGGGUCUUUCUCUUCCCUAUCAUAUUCUGGGCGGGCCUGAAUGUAGCCGGUCCAGCAAAUCUCUUGCUAUUCUGGAAUCUUACAGAAUCCUCUGUGCUCGGGUCUGAGCCUUACAAUUUUGACACAGCAGCGGUGGGAUAUUCUAACUUUUCCUUCGCGGUCGGAGGGGUUAUUGGAUUAGCAACGGCUGGGCCCUUCUCCGACUGGGUCGCGAUGAGAGCCACUGCGCGCAACGGCGGAAUACGUGAAGCAGAAAUGCGCCUUCCUGCUCUUGUUCCUUAUUGCAUAACAACGGUUAUUGGGAUUGUUAUAGGUGGCUUAGGCUAUCAGAGAUCGUGGGACUGGCCUCUGAUACUGGUCAUAGGGUAUGGUUUCAGCGGUCUUUGCGUCACAGCCGUUCCGACCAUUGCGGUCGCUUAUGCUGUUGAUUGCUAUAAACCUAUUUCAGGUGAAAUCAUGGUUGUAGCCACAGUGAUCAAGAAUACUUGUGGAUUCGCAAUGAGCUACUGGGUUUCACCACUGGCCGCACGUAAAGGCUGGAUCCCGCCCACAAUGGUUGUGCUUGCCUUGACUGUGGGGCCUAUUUUGUUGGGCAUUCCCGUUUAUUUCUUUGGCAAACAUCUUCGAAGGUUCACUCAAAACUCGCCUGUACAUUCAUAUAUUGGAUAA